AUGAAAAUACAUUUAGAAAUUUCGAACAGCGGUGCUGAACAAAGUGCUGGCGGAAGUUUCGAUACAGAAGAACCCACAAACUCGAAACUGGUGGAUUUUAGUGAAGGAAAUGCCGGCUCAUUUAUCUACGCCGGUGGUACGACCGUCACGCCACAAGAAACAUUUAUUCUGUCCACAAAAGUCCCUCUGGAACUUAAGGAAGCAGCUCGUCUCGACUUUUUUGUCUAUCAAGCAGGGAUAAAAGGGCGCCUGCAGGUGUGCCUCAACACUGUGACCAAUUGCGCACUCACCAUAAAAGGGAGCAGCAUAGAUAACAAGGCUCGAAGGUGGAAGAACUAUUAUAUUCCGUUGUCAACUACUACACAUGCAAUUCACUUCGUAGCUGAUGAACUACAAGACAACUAUGCCAUCGGACUGGAUAAUAUCCAGUUGCUUAACAAACAUGGAAUGUCUGCUUUGUCCUGCAAGUGA